UAAAACAUUUUCAUGAUAUAUUACUUCAUCAUCAUAUCUACACACAAAAGUUAUACAUAAUAAUUAGUAUUUAUCAGUUCUCCUUUUUUUUUAUUUAUUGUGGUGUAAAUCAACUUAACUUAUCAGAAUUUAAUUGUGCGGUGCAAAAGUAUAGUUAAGAGAAUGAGAAUGAAGGACACCACGGAAAUUUUAUGUCAACUACGGAAAUUAAUGAAACGUCCAACAGGUGGACAGUGGACUUCUUUGGCGGCAUACAUUGUGCCUUCCGAUGAUGCACACGGAAGUGAAUAUAUUUGCGAACAUGAUCAACGUCGCGCUUUCAUCAGCGGUUUCGAUGGAUCAGCUGGGACAGCAGUAAUAACGGCUGACAAAGCCUUGUUGUGGACUGAUGGACGUUAUUAUCAGCAAGCAACAAAUCAGUUGGAUCCGAACUGGGGCCUUAUGAAAGAUGGCCUACCGACGACGCCUAGUAUUGGAAGUUGGCUCGCUGGCAAUUUACCAAAGGAGAGUGUCGUAGCAGUUGACCCAAAAUUAUUAUCAUUCCGCCGAUGGCAACCUAUACACAAGGAACUCAUAGCUGCUGAUUGUUCUUUAUUACCUUUGGAGGAAAACUUGGUUGAUGCCGUUUGGGGAGCUGAGCAACCUGCGCGUACGUGUAAUCCCAUUAUCACUCUAGAUUUAAAAUUUGCUGGAGCAACGAUAGCUGAGAAAUGGAGAAAUGUCAAAUGUCAAAUGGAAGAAAAGAAAACUCAGUUGUUAGUUGUUAGUGCCUUGGAUGAAGUUGCUUGGUUCCUGAAUUUGCGUGGAUCCGAUAUCGAUUAUAAUCCCGUUUUUUUUGCUUAUCUCAUUGUAACUCAUGAUGAACUUAAGUUUUUUGUUUCGUCAACGAAAUUGCCUUCUGACUUUAAAGAUCAUUUGGUUGCAAAUGGAGUUGAAGUAAGCAUCUUUGCCUAUGAAGAAAUUGGAGAGCGUCUCAACCAACUUAUUAAGAAAGGAGAAGAAAAAAUUUGGAUAUCGUCAAACUCUAGUUACUAUUUAAACUCAAUGAUUCCGAAGAAUAAACGGCACCAAGAGGUUACGCCUAUUGCACUCAGCAAAGCUAUUAAAAACAGUGCAGAGGUUGAAGGUUUUGUUAAUUGUCAUAUUCGAGAUGGUGUUGCUCUGUGCCAAUAUUUUGCAUGGCUCGAAGGCAUGGUCUUAAAUAAACAGCAUGUUAGUGAAAUUUCUGGAGCAAUUAAGCUGGAAGAGCUACGCUCCAAAAGAGAGCAUUUUAUGGGUCCAAGUUUUGAAACGAUAAGCGCGUCAGGACCCAAUGCUUCAAUUAUACAUUACAAACCUGCCGAAGAUACAAACCGUGAGAUUGCUGACAAAGAAAUAUAUUUGUGCGAUUCUGGAGCGCAGUACAAAGACGGUACAACAGAUGUAACGCGUACUUGGCAUUUUGGAGAGCCAACCGAUUGGCAAAAAGAAACUUAUACUCGUGUGCUUAGAGGACAAUUAACCUUAGGUGCAACGAUCUUUCCUCGGAAAGUGAAAGGUCAAGUUUUAGAUAGCUUGGCAAGAAAAGCUCUGUGGGAUAUUGGUUUAGAUUAUGGCCAUGGCACCGGACAUGGAGUCGGACAUUUUCUAAAUGUUCAUGAAGGUCCAAUGGGUGUGGGUAUACGCUUAAUGCCGGAUGAUCCUGGUCUACAAGAAAACAUGAUGAUUUCAAAUGAGCCCGGUUAUUACCAGGAUGGAGAAUUUGGCAUUCGUAUUGAAGAUAUCGUCCAAAUUAUUCCUGCAGAAACCAAAUGUAAUUUUAAUGGUCGUGGAGGUUUAACUUUCAAAACAAUAACCAUGUGUCCCAAACAAACAAAAUUAGUUAAGAAAGAAAUGCUUUUGAAGGACGAAAUAAAUCUGUUAAACGAAUACCAUCGCCUCGUCUGGGAUACACUUUCCCCAAUACUUAAAGAAGAGGGCGAUAAUUUGACCCUGUUGUGGUUGGAAAGAGAGACGCGAAAAAUUUAACCCACGGAUUUAAGCAUUUUUUCGACUUUAUGCAAUCCUUUAUGCGUCAUGAUUACUAUUUUGAUUCAAAUAAGAAGAUUUUUUCCAUUUAAAGUUCGACAAUGUUUUUCUUCUAUUCGCGGUUAUUUAUUACAAGACGUGCAAUAAAUUAAGCUGGCGAAUAUUGUGGAUGUGGACAAUGCAUUUCAAAAAAUGCUAAACUAAAACUUAAUUAAAAAUUAUGUCACCUACUCUAAAUCAAGUAUGCAACAUUAAUAGCAUAUAUGUAUAUUUGUACAUAUCAUUCGCAGCUUUUCUCCCAGAUGUUUCACAUCAGAUUAAAUGGUUACGCCGCAUAUUCAUCUUUCGAAUUGAAUUUGCCUUCAAAGAGGAUGUA